AAAAGCGCUGGUCACAAAGUAGUCGCUGUUGGAGCGCGACGAGGUCUAAUCGAAAAAGCGUAAAGAUGUUUGUUCUAAUCUACUUGGUGAUCGCGAUCGUUUCGCUCCUAGCGUAUGUCUUGCACCGCAAUUUCACCUACUGGACGCGCCGCGGAGUGCCCCACGAUGCCCCCCAUCUGAUCUACGGAAACAUGGUCGGCUUCCGGAAGGACCGCGUGAUGCACAACAUUUUCAUCGACUACUACAAUAAGUACCGGAAGACUGGAAACCCAUUCGUGGGCUUCUACUUCCUGCACAAGCCGGCGGCCUUCAUCGUGGACCCAAAGCUGGCCAAGAACAUUCUCAUCAAGGACUUCUCAAACUUCACAGACAGAGGCCAGUUCCACAACGAGCGGGACGACCCGCUCACCCAGCACCUGUUCAACCUGGACGGCAAGAAGUGGAAGGACAUGCGCCAGAGGCUCUCGCCGACCUUCACCUCCGGCAAGAUGAAGUUCAUGUUCCCCACCGUGAUCAAGGUGUCCGAGGAGUUCGUGAAGGUGAUGACCAGCCAGGUGCCCGCCUCGCAGGGCGGGGCUGUGCUGGAAAUCAAGGACCUGAUGGCCAGGUUCACCACCGACGUGAUCGGCAACUGCGCCUUCGGCAUCGAGUGCAGCACCCUGAGCAACCCCGUCUCCGACUUCCGCACAAUGGGCCAGAAGGUGUUCACCGAGCUGAGGCACGGCCGUCUGCUGACCAUGUUCCAGUUCAGCUUCCCGAAGCUGGCCAGGCGGCUGCGGAUGCGGAUGAUGCCCGAGGACGUGCACCAGUUCUUCAUGCGGCUGGUCAAUGACACGAUUGCCCUGAGGGAGAAGGAGAACUUCAAGCGCAGCGACUUCAUGAACCUGCUUAUCGAGCUGAAGCAGAAGGGCAAGGUCACCCUGGAGAACGGCGAUGUCAUCGAGGGCAUGAACAUCGGUGAGCUGGCCGCCCAGGUGUUUGUCUUCUACGUGGCCGGCUUCGAGACCUCCUCCUCGACCAUGAGCUACUGCUUGUACGAGCUCGCCCAGAACCAGGACAUCCAGGACAGGCUGCGGAGCGAGGUCCAGUCGGUGCUCGAGCAGCACGAGGGAAAGCUGACCUACGAAGCCAUCAAGGACAUGCGCUACUUGGACCAGGUCAUCUCAGAAACUCUGAGGCUGUACACCCUCGUGCCCCACCUCGAGCGAAAGGCGCUCGACGACUACACGGUGCCCGGACACCCCAACCUGGUGAUUCAGAGUGGCACCCAGAUCUUGAUUCCGGCCUGCGCCUACCACCGCGACGAGGACCUCUACCCGGACCCGAUGACCUUCGAUCCGGAGAGGUUCUCGGCGGAAAAAGUGGCCGCCCGUGACUCCGUGGAGUGGCUGCCCUUCGGCGAUGGGCCCCGCAACUGCAUUGGAAUGCGCUUUGGCCAGAUGCAAGUCCGCAUCGGCCUGGCCCAGCUGAUCAACAAGUUCCGGUUCUCCCUCUGCGACGAGACCGAGAUACCCCUCAAGUACACGCCCAUGUCCAUUGUGCUGGGCACCAUUGGUGGCAUCCACUUGAGAGUGGAACGCGUCUGAACACCGAUAGUUCUGCCCUACGUUACCAUGAUAUUGUUAAGCCAUCUUGUGAAUGCCAUAUUCGUAAAUAUAAUCUAGGAAUGUUAAUUAGUUGGCUGAAAGAGUUUCCUCUCGAGUUGUUAAGGUGCAAUGGCACUUUCGCGGUUACAUCUUCAGUGUUACCUGCCCAGUCAUCGGCUCUUCAAAGUCAACGACUCUUCCCCGAGCACAUAGCACCGAGCACCGAGCGGCGAGCAGCGAGGCAAAUUAAUUAAUAUCCCCAGACGCCCGGAUGAUUUGCGUACCACACGCCGCACUCGUUAGGGUUGCUCAACCGUAACAAUGGAAACCCCAAAUUAAAAUAUGGCGGUGGAGCAUGCAACUCGAGUUGGCUAAUUGUGUUUGGCUAAACAGUGUGUGUGUUUGGCAACAAAAUAAUGACAAAAGCGUGUUUGACAGUCUUCGAAGUCCGACAUGGUAUUAUGACUUAAUGCAUGACUUUAAAAUACUUUAUUGUAACUUAUUCCAAUACUUGUGGCUGCUACUCCAAGGUAUAGGUUGAGAGUUGUAUAAGCUAUUUGCCUUAAGUCUUAAGACUUACUUCCAAGUACCGGGUAUCACACAGUCGACCAAAGCCAUUCCAUCUUAUUUUGUGUGCUUUUAGCAUCCAGACUGAUUGAAAGAUUGAAGUCUUGCAUCUGGAAUGCUUCUGCGAAACUAUUUUAUCUGCUUACCUCCUGGCGAAAUUCUUGGCUUUCUGCAUCCUUUGAGAGUCGAACGAAAUUGCCUGACAAUUGCAGGCGGGAGGACUCUGCUGAUGGCACGUCAAGGAUUUCCGGAAUUCGAGCAACCAAUCCUGCCACUCAUAUGCAUUUUCCUUUAGCCUUUUUCUGAAAUAGAAACUCUUUCUGCAUUUAAAGAUUACACUGUGCAGGCGUCUGCCCGACAGUUUGGACUUUAAUCCGAAAUCACAUGCGCUUUUUAAUUAUGCGCGUAGGAAAAUGUUUGUUUAAUGCCCCCGGCCCAUGCAACGCGUGGAAAGUGAGGCAAGUGCAGCUGGGGCGGGCCUGGAAAUGCCGCGGCUUAAUUUGAGAGCGACUCUAACGGUUGUGCGAAUAUGACUUCACGUAAUUAUAUGCAAUUUUAUUAAAAUAACGCCGCUCUGAGCUCUCACGCUGCAGCUUUAAUGGCCUUGAAGUUGCUCCCUUUUUUCUAUAUUUUAAUUUCAAUUUUAAUCACAUUUCCGCUGACCCUUGGCAGGUUGCUAGUAAUUACUGACCGCAAAAGAAUGCAGUUAUGCCUAUUAAUAGAUUAUAACCCAAUUAGCAUAAUUAAUUAGACAAACAAUCGGGCUGCCUGCUCGUGAAUUGCGAUUUGUUUGUGCACCUUAGCGCGCCGAAAACAAAUAGUUUAUGGAUUAAUGGGGAAUGUGCUGGCCGCUUUUUGCUUUCUGCGAGCAGUCAUUGACUUGGGCCGCCAUGGGAGGGCGAAACACAUUUAAUUACCGGACUGGCAAGCGCGCAACAAAAGCGAAAAAGUGUCAAGGUUAUUCAACCCGAACAAUGGAGUAUUUUGGCUAUUUAAAGCUCCGGCCCAACCAACUUCUCCGGAAUCUGGUGCUAAACUUUCAAAUCCCCGCCCGGACGGCAGCUCAUCUGAAAUUCCAUUAGCACCGGGCGCCAUCAAAACAAGUGACUCGCACGGCCAGCGCCCAAAGCUAAGUCCACAUCCUUGUUUGCCCAACGGAAUUGGCCAGGGCCCCCCCCCCCCCCGCCUGCAAUGCGAUACUAGCUGCCACAUAUCCCCAACAGCUGCAACGAAUUGUUGUUGCAACUGCAACCACUACAACACUUGCAACGGACGGAAGCGUGCUCAUAUGUGCGUUAAAAGUUUUCCAAGCGCGGCGGCGAACAAAAAGUCGACAUUCCGACCAUUUGGCCAACAAGCAUGAUGCACGUGGGUUCGGUUUCACUAUCGCUAUCACAAUGCCCCUUUGGACAUGGACACUAUCAUGGACACGGACGCUAAAGCUGAAGCUGAAGCGGACGUGGCCAUGAGCUGGUCUUGGCCGCGGAUUAAUUGCAUGCGUCAGACAUGACAGAGAACAAAAACUGUCAGGGCCCCAAAAAUUUUAUACAAGAGCUUUUUACCUGCAUUUCAAGUUUCAAAUGCUAUUAUUCGCCUCCCAGAGGAGUGUUCUCAUAAGGGGAUUUGAAAAUGGUCCUUCUAGCUGGGAGCAAGUACUUCGCAAAUUUUUAAUGCUUUAAGAGCUUUAUGUUGAAAAAAGUUGGCAAGUUACAUACAUGUUUGGUUCUUGCAAAAAAAUGUUUAAUCUAAUAGGAACUUUCAAGUCAUCUUUCCUUUAAACUUCAUGUUUAAUGAAACGUUUAAACUUUAAAUUCAUUUUAUUUAAGCUUUCUAUUCCUUACAUUUCGUAAAGUUCGAGUACCACUUACAAUUUUAGCUUAAUUAAAAUUCCAAAACUUUUAAUACAAAUGCUGAUAAUGUAUACUUGAAUUAAAUAGAGAGUUUUAGUUUAAAAAAAUUUAUAAAAUAACAUAUAAAAUAAUAUAUAAAAAUUAUUAUAUAAAAUGACUAUUUUCUUAUUUUCUAAGCAAAAAAUAAAUAUUAAUACAUAAUUAUAAAUAUCAUAACAAUAAUCAUUGGUUAGUGAUCCCUGGCUAAAAUAAAUUGGUAGCACAAACAUCUAUGUUAUGAUUUAAGUCUUUUUAUUACUUAAAUUCUUUAAAAAUUAUAUUUAUUGCAUUGUUUGCAAUCAUAAACAGGCAACAGAUAGGUGAUGGGAAGAACUUUAAAGAUAAAACAUUUCCGAAAAAAAAAUAUGUAAAAUAUAAAUAUGUAUGUGGCAGGACACCAUGCAAAAACACACUUUAUUUUUUACAAAAAAAUUUAAAAAAAAAUGACAUUUUUUCAAUGUGGAACAUUAUGUGCGUUAAAAUGUUAAAUUUUAAAUUUUAAAGUUUAACAAACAAAGUACCUUUUUCUUUUUAUUAUUUCCAGUUUUUGCAUUAUUCACAGAGUUUUCAUUUUUUCUUUCAAUAUUUAAAAAUAUGUUAAAAUAAAUACUGUGGUUCUUUUGAAACUGCGAUGUGCUACAUUUUGUUUAAGGCUGAAAGGCCUUUCCUCUGGCUUUUAUUCUGCCUUAAAAAGAUGAAUAGAAUAUGCAAGCAUUACACAGUAUUCAAUUAAAUAAUGUUUAUCCAAGUAAAUUCUUAAAAUGAAAUUUUUCACCUUUUCUCUUACUGUUUCCUUACUCUAUGGGCUAUCACCUAGACUAGAAUUCUCUUAAAAUGUACCUACAAUCUACAUAUAUGUGUUAUACACAUAGAUAUUUCUAAAGUUACCUGUGUAUGCGUUCGGUUAAGAACUUGAUGUUUUUGGUAGCAACUAGAGAGGAUAAGAAAGCGCCUAACAUGAUGACAAAAAAAAAUAUUUAUUAUCAGAUGGAAAAUACCAUGUCCCCCGAUUUCAACAAACAGCUCGAUUGGGUUGUCAUCCGCAAAAUGCAAACUCUUGGCACCUCCCUGACUGGCAGAUACUAAAGCCGCCGUUCACACUCCAGCAGCUUUCAACAGAGAGUUGCACAAAGCCCGGAGUGUGGGCUGCGGAACAUGCAACCGGCUCUGCUGAGUUUUUGUGGCAGCAGCCUCAGCUUGGGUUUCAGUUCGACUCGCGACUCGGCGGCGAACGGCGGCUCCAGUCCACAAGUAUCUGACGGAUGCAAGUGACCCAAUCAAAGUGAGCUCAGUUACCUUGUGCAACCUGGGAGUGGGUGCCACAUUCGGAGAGUCCGUACUUCACGACUUGCCGCGCGACAGCACCGUGGUGACGAAGACGACCUGCGAGCUGCUGCGAGUGGAGCAGCAGGACUUUCGACUCAUAUGGGAG